UCCGAAUGUGGAGAUGCUUCUCACCGCGUUGAAGAAAAUGAUCUUUCUGAAAAUUCAACGUGCCCACGACUACCUCCUAUUUCGAUUCCGUCAGUAGGAUGGUAUGAAGAGGUAUCUGCCGGUGAAACUCAACGAUAUUCUAUGGAUUCAACUGUACCAUCGUUUGAAGCUAAAGAUUUAAACCCUUCUUUCGGACUCUCUUUCAACGACAUUUGUACAUCUACUCCAAAAAAGCACAUCAAUUAUGAUGAACCGCUUGAUUUGCGAUACCCGAGUAAGAUUAUACGGAAAUAUACGGACGGAGAAUGCAAUACGAACACUCUGCAAGCGUGUCGCAACAUUUCUCAACAACGAAAAACUUUCCAAUACGAGCCGGUAUCCAGAAAUUCCAUAUCAGUCUCUGCCGAACCAUCUCGUGUAGUACUCAGGCCGAUUAACGAACAAAACUCUAUCCGACCACCAUAUCAUCAUCAAAGAUCCGACGAACGAACACAGAAAACGACUCAUUCUUCUUAUGGCAAACUACCUCAUGAUUGCAUCAAGCCUCGUAGUUCUUCCGAGAGAUCUCCUACUGCUGGUGAUGUCGAAUCGUUCCAUGUUAAAACCGAUCUGACACGUGAUUAUGCUGGCAAUAAUCACCAUCGUAUGUUUUCUUCGUCCGCUUCCGUCGAAACGAGUACCCGUGGCAGUACUCUUCGAUCGUCGAGUCACAAUAUCGAAAAUGAUAACUACAAACUUCACAGCAGCGCUGAGUAUCAACCGUACAGUAUUAGGAAAGAUCGUUAUAACCAGACAGUACGAAACGUCAGCAGCAAAUCCAAAUCGACUGUAGCUAUUGAACAAUUUCCUCAAAACGUGUCUCCCGUACCUAAAACCUCAUUUUUAUCGAAAUUUUCUAGCAUGCUAGUCGCAAAUAACGAGACCAAAUAUCUCGAUUUGGAAAAUGAUCGUCGAUCUUGCAACGUCGAUGUGCCUUGUGACGGACAGAGCUCCGAAGUUCACACCGUUAUAAAUGAAAUCGCAAAGGUUUAUGAUGAAUCCAUUAGUCAUCCAGAUAUACCUUCUAAUAUUUCCAACUCAACGGACCUGCAGAUAUCGCGUGUCGAGACAAAGUCAGUCCACGUCUUCAGUUCACCGGAGUCGAGAAAACCUCAUACGUACUCUCCUAGCUCUCAUGAUAUCGAACCACAUCAGGCUAAUGACAGUGCAAAUGGCAAGGCUGCGGUUAACAACUCCAUUGAAAAAUCGGAUUCCGGAUCUGAAGGCGGAGACAUCGACGACGAAGAUCAAGAAGUGCGUAUUGGAGAUUUAACGUUAUUUAACGAGUUUAUAGUUGAAGAAUAUUUCGAGAAGUACCAUAACUUAACGCUAAUGAUUGAAGAUGAUGAGCAAAAUAACAUGGAAGAAAAUCGUGUGACUUAUUGA